CGUUUCUAUUCUCCUUCUCCACCUUCUUCUCCCUCUUCUACUUUUUGACACAUGACUCGCUUCCAGCAGCGAACUAGUUAACGAGCGGCGGCGGAUGAGCCCACCGCGCCUGCUCUCCUCUCUGGCAGGCAGCACACCGCCACAGUACGAAGAUGGCGUCGGAGGGAGCCAGCGGAGAGCAGCCUCCUCCCCCGGUACAGCAAGCCCUGACCGCCGCCGUGCUGGGAGGCGUCGACACGAAAUGCGACUUCAACAUGGAUAACCUGAGCAAGCCGGAGCUGUUGACUCUGCUGAGCAUCAUGGAGGGUGAGCUGGAGGCCCGCGACCUGGUCAUCGAGGCCCUCAGGGCUCAAAGGAGGGAAGUGUUCCUGCAGGAGCGCUACAGCCAUUACAGCCUGACCGACCCCUUUCUGGCGCUGCAGCGGGACUUCGAGUGCGGUGUCUCGCUCGGUGACAAGGAGCGGCGGCCGCUGGGUUCCAGCCCAAUGUCUGUCCUGGAGGCCGUCAUGGCGCACUGCAGGAAGAUGCAGGCGCGCAUGUCCGCACAGCUGGCUGCCGCCGAGAGCCGCCAGAAGAGGCUGGAAAUUGAGAAGCUGCAGCUGCAGAGCCUGGAGCAGGAACACCGCAAACUGAUGGCGCAACUGAAGGACGAGCGCGAGAAGAACAAGCACAUCGUCAUGAUGCUGGUGCGCGAGUGCAAGCAGCUAGCCACGCGCGUAGUGGAGGAGUCGCAGCGCUUCGACGAGCUCCAGGCCCGACUGGACGAGGAGGGCCGGGCCGCGGGGCGCCUGCGGGAGGAGUUGAGUGGCGAGCGGCAGCGUGGCCAGCAGCUGGAGGCCGAGAUGGAGAAGCAGCUUUCUGAGUUGGACACUGAGCGUGAGCAGCUGCGGGCCAGGUUGGGCCGCGAGGAGGUCGAGAGUCAAAACCUACGGCAGCAGGUUGAGCAGCUCAGAACCGAAUGUGGGGAUGCCAAGGAUGGCGCCCAACCUGCCGCCCCCGCCUGCACGCAGCCCAAAGCUUCCGUUUCCGUGGCCACAGAUCCUGUCAGCUCUCGAACAGCUUCCUGCCAAACGGACCAGCCCCUUCCUGAAAUUGAGGGUCCCAAGAAGACUCCCCUCACCGCCGCCAAACCCAGCCCGGGCCCUUACGCUGGCCUCAGCCUGCCAAAGACCACCGUCCGGGGAAUAGUCCACAGUAGCUCGGGAGGCCUGACGCAGAGCGAGAACGGCUCCGAGGCCCAAGCCACACCCCCGGGCCUGCCCAGUGGGGUCAGCCCCCGUGUCCAGGCAGCCCGGUACAAGUUCCAGGAACAGGACCAAAACGGCACGGCCUCCCAGAGUCCUCCGGGCCGGGACCCAUCCCCCACAAAUCGGGACAACUUUGCUGCCAAACAACAAGCGCGCCACACCGUUACCCAGGUUCUGUCGCGCUUCACAAGCCCUCCAACAGGGGGGGCUGGAGCGUUGCGGCCUGGCCUGCCGCACUCUGCAUCGGAGGGAGGGCCCUUCCCCAGCCGCCUCAGCCACCCCAUUGGCCUUAAGUCCCCCACCGUGGCCAGAAUUGACCGAGGCAACCCUCCCCCCAUCCCUCCCAAAAAACCUGGGCUCUCCCAGACCCCCUCUCCCCCUCAUCCGCCCAUGAAGGUGCUGGGGGACAGCGGCCGCUCUCACGGGGCGGGACUCAAAUCAGCUACACCCCAGCUGCCGCCCAAACCCACCCUGGACCUGGUACCAGCCUUGACGGCCUCUCAGGUGGGUGCAUGCCCCCUCCGCCGGUCCCUUGGACCUGACCAGUUUGCAGAAUGCCCCCCCGUCGUCAUCCCUGCCAUCCCCUCCAUCAACCCUCUUCCCUCAUCCCUCUCCAUUAGUGCUCCAUCCAACUGUACCCCCCCUGCCCCCACAGACAGCCCCCUGGCAACAGCAUCAGGCUGGUGUCCCUCCGUAGUCUCCCCUAUUGGCGGUGGUGGGCCCGCUGCCCUGGACGGCGGGCGGCCGCUGCUCCUCCUCCAAGCUGCUUCCCAGGGAAAUGUCACUUUAUUGUCAAUGCUGCUUCACCAACCCCACCCUACCACGCCCGACCACGCCCACUGCACCACUGCCACUGACAACCAGACCACCCGCCACCCACCACAAGACCUCAACAACUUGACUGCUGCCUUGUUUGCUGCUGCUCACCACGGACACGCAGAGUGCGUGAAGCUGCUGUUAUCUUCCGGCUCGCCUGCCGACGUGUCCGGCCAAAACCGAUUUACACCUUUGCACUUUGCUGCCACCCACGGCCACAGUGGCUGUGUGGAGGCUUUGCUGGUCGCGGGCGCCGCUGUGGACGCAGCUGCGGACGGUGGCCAGACCGCCCUCUUCCUGGCCAGCGGGGCGGGCAGGAAGCACUGUGUCCACAUCCUGCUGAGCGCCGGCGCCGAUCGUUCCCGCAUGGUCGUGGACGGCUGCACAUGUCUGCAUGCGGCGGUGCGAUCAGGUCAUGUGGACACGCUGCGUCUGCUCCUCUGUCACCCCGGCCCCAAAGACAGCGCUGCCACCCUUGAACCCCACAAAGAACCAGCUCUGCCCGUCGCCCUGCUGAACCACGCCAACGCCGACGGAUGGACAGCCGCGCACAUGGCGGCCGCUCUCGGCCUGAAGGAGUGUCUGGAGGUGCUGUGUAGCCACCGUGAGCAGGACAUUGAGAGGAAAGAUAAAUGUAAUCGCACCAUUCACGACGUUGCCACGGACGACUGCAAAGAUCUCCUCGAAAACCUCAAUCAGUACCGCAUCCUGGUGCGUCUCCAGCAUUCAGAUGGUGGCGGAGCUAAUUCUCCCAUGUGGUCCAUGGAUUGUGAUGAUGAUGAUGAGAAGCAGGUCGAUAACCAUCAGUCGGUGUUGUGCAGAGUCUCAGUAGACCGCUCCAUGUGUUGGUCUCAUCUUAGUGCCGCCAUUAGCCACGCCUUCACCGCACACCUGCACAUGCUGUGUGGUGAGGAUGCACAGCGCCCCCCGCUGGGCCUCACACACGCAAGCAUCUCCUUCGUCCUGAUUGGAGGAAGUGAGUGGCAGCUUGGUCAGGAACUUCCUGUCUCACCCUGGGAUCUAGUCCGAAAACCUCUUAGUCAGGUCAUCACUGUCCACAUGAAAGGUCUUUCAGAGUCGUGUCUGGAUGAGCUGGCUCUGGAGUCUCUCUUCCCGCUGCCUGUGCUGCUCAACUACGUCCGCUUGGUGGAACAAUAUGGGAGCGUCAUCUUUCAUGGCCUGGAGGACAGCUGUCAGGACUACAUCGCCGCUUUAUUGGCUCGCUGCAUCAAGUCCAAGCAGGAGGCGGUUGGUCAGGCAUGUGAGGUUGUGAAGGUGGAUGUGCAACAUAGUCUGACCAAGGAGCAGCUGCUGGACACCCUCGUCACCUCUGGCUUCCUGAUCCCGGCGUCGCCAGCGUGCGAUCAUGGACGCUGCGUGGUGCUGCUGCUGCAGGGUCUGGAGAAGGCGCCGUCCCUAUCGGGGCUGCUGGGAGACCUGUGCUACAGUUUGGAUAACAGGACCUCCACUGCCCACCUGCUGCUCAACGCCGGUCCACAUCGCUUCUGCCAGCGCACCUUCCUGAUUGGCUCUCUGUCAAAGCCCCGCCUCCAGGGCUCAGAGCUGCGCCUGCAGCAGCAUUUCCGCUGGCUACGUCUGCGCUGGGACCAGGAGCCUCUGCACGGCCUGCUGGCCAGACGCCUGCGCAGGAAGCUCCUUCACCAGUCAAGUGGGGUGUGGGCCAGUGACGGUGUCAUGGAGAAGGCUGUGCUGUGGGUUGCUCAAGUGUGGCAGCAGCUCAAUGCCUGCCUGGCACAUCUGGGCACGCACGAGGCCUUGAUGGGACCCGGACACUUCCUGGCCUGCCCCGUCCACGCCGACGACCCGCACGCUAUCGUCAGGUGGCUGUCUCGGCUCUGGAGCUCCGUGGUGGUCCCUCGCGUGGAGACGGCCAUUGUCUCCCGGGUAACGGCCAGGUGCUCGUCCUCCUCUACCGCCCCCUCGUCGAAAGGCAAUGUCGUUCUCAGUGCCGGCCAGCAGGCGGUGCUGAAGGCCGCCCUCAGCAUCCUGGUCAACAAGGCCGUCCUGCGGGGCUGCCCUCUCCCACGCCACGAGGUUGCGUUCAGGGGCGGACCCAUCCCUAUGACCGCCAUUGGCUCCUUUAAAGGAAGCUGCGGCGGGAGGAAGUGUCGAGACAAGCUGAGACGAUCCAAUACCAGCCCACGAAAGAAAGGAAGUCCUGCCUCCAGCUGGACGGGUGGCUCCUUUAGAAACGGUUGUGUAUCCACCACUGAUGUGAGCUGCAUCGCAAAUGGCAAAAUCCACAGGGAGGCGUCCGGUUUGUCUUUGUUCUCGGACGACGAGACGGACCUGAUCCAAGAGCUUCAGUCCUUGUGCUCCAGCAAGUCAGAACCAGACAUCAGACAGACGUGGGCGUCCAAAGACGACAACGUCCUUCUGUUCGCCAGCAGAGGUCCUGCUGGAGCUCCGCCCUCCACGCCAGAGCAGGAAGUAGCCGUGGACCAAUCAGCUCAGCCGUCACUGCUGGCUCAGGCCGCCGUCCAGAGCAGCCAACGCCGCUCGGGUCUUCGGGCCAAAUCCCAGCUGCCCGUGCCCAGCAGGGGGCAGCAGCAGCCACCCCAGGUCGUCACGGGCAACCACAGCAGCAACAGCAACAACAACAACUGCAGCAAUGGCAGCAGAAGCAACAGCAAAGCAAACAGCAGCAGCAGUAACAAACAAUCACAGGACCAUAUCUGGCUCCUACAACAAAACAAUCACAAAUAAACACACACACACACACACACACACACACACACACUGCCCCGCCCUCGAAAGGAAGAGCCAAUCAAACAAGUAGAAAUUGCUCCCCAUGUCACAUAUUAAGAACUAAUCAUAUGAGGACAACAAGAAGUCCUCAUUAGGUAAAUGAUGGUGUCGUAUUUUGUUAAUGUUAUGGACACUAUAACAGUACAGAGAUGAUGUCAUCAUAGAUGUUAGGACAACAUACAUUAAGGGUGUAGGAUGUAGUUUUCAAGUUGCUAGCAAGAUUUCAAUGUAGCCUCGAUCCACUCCCCAUUCUUCAUUUUUCAAAAGAUAAUUUUAAUAAUAUCCUACUGUCAGGUCAUACAGACAGUUUGACAUAUAUCUUUUUUUGAAAACUCCAAACUCCACCUUUGAGGAUAUUAGAAUUUAAAUAAAGCCCGGUACACACAGCAAUAUCAGAAUCAUGUUCAACAUUUCAAUUUUUUUUUUUUUUUCCUCAAAAAUGUUUGACUUUUUACUUUUUUGACUUUUUUUCCCCCUUGAAAAGUCGUGUUGGAAAAAAAAAACAACUUUAAAUGUGCCAUUUCUUUCACUUUUCUGAAAAAUGUACUGUACUACUUUUGUUUAAAGGUAAAAAAUGUUUUAAAAUGUGCAACUUUUUCUUGAAAAUGUCAGAAUUUUAUCUUGGAACUAUAUUUUUUCUUGAGUAUAUAAGAGUUUUUUUCUUGAAAAUAUACAGUACAACUUUUUCUCAAAACUGACUUUUUCAAGAAUGUACUUUUUUUGGGGAAAAACUACCUUUUUGGGGGGUGGGAAAAUAAAACUUUUUUUCCUCUAAGAUAUUCAGCUUUUUCUGGAAAUAUAACUUUUGUAAGGUCAAAAAUUUUUACAUUUCCCCCAAAAUAGAAAGAAGAAUAUUAAAUUUUCAAGAAAAAUGCCCCAAACAAACUUUUUUUUUUCUUGAAAAUGUAACUCCCAACUAUUUUCUGGAAAAUCUAUGACAUUUCUUAUAAAUGUAACUUUUUUUUUUCAAGCUAAAAAGGUUGUAGUUUUUCAACAAAAAAGGUAGUAUUUUUUUCAGAUUUUUUUUAAAAAUGGAAAAUGCUGUAAAACGUUUAAAAAGAAAAAAAAAUAU